UUAGCUUGUAACUACGAGAUCUGCGGCCAAUACCAAGUCUGGACUUUGCAAGCAAACUAUUGACUUCCAAAAAAAAAAAAAAGAAAGAAAGAAAGUCUCAGGAAGAAAAGCAAAAAGGCCAAGUCUUCAAACCCCAACCCCGAUUAACCCCAAACCUCUCGAUGAUGUCGUUCCUGGACCUUGUAAGUCGAUUACUAAGGGCCAUACCCCUGCAAGCCAGAGGAUCCACUGAUAGGCCCCGCGAAGCCGGUGGCGGACCGAGCGGCGCCGACUUUUUCAUCGCGGAGCUCGAGCUCCAAUCCUGUCCCGCCACUCCUCAACCUCCAAUUUGUUCAACUUCACACGACUCCGAGAUCAUUACAAAUACCCCCGCCGAGCCACAUAUCCACAUACAAUUACCCGAACAGCCCGAACCUGCUGUGCUUUAUACCGGGAGAGGAAUUACGUCACCGUCGCUAUUGGUUCUGCAUCCGAUUGAUUCUGCUGGCUCGUUCAACAGCGGAAGCAAUAGCAGCAAUAGCAGCAGCAACGAUAGCAGCAGUACUAAUAUUUCAGAAGGGAAGGGAAGAGGAAUACACCCUCACGGUGAUGACGCGGUAGACCGGCGACAAGCAAGAAAACAACGGGAGAGCAGUGUCUGCUGGAGGGAAUACUGGGGAUAAAUCAAGAGAGAGAGAGAGAGAGAGAGAGAGAGAGAGAG